AUGGGCCGAACACCCAGAAACCCGGGCUCCGUCCCGCCCACCGUCCCGUCCAUCGUCCCUGUCCGCAUCGACCCCGCUGGUCCUGUGCAUAUCGACAUUGCCAGCCACCAGCGAACGGUCAUCAAGCUCGCCACCGCCGUCGACCACACCAUCAUCUCGCUCCAGAGACUGAAGGAUGCCUGUCUCGAAUGUCUCUCGACGACCCUACCCUUGGCCGCCCCUGCCUCAGAGCCACCCAUCCAGCAUUCUCCCGGGCCCGUCCUCCCGGCUGUGUCCGCGCCUGCCAUCCCGGCCCAGACGGUGUUGCCUGCAUCCAAGCAUGCCCGGACAAAGGAUCCCAAUCGUCCUGCACGCCCCAUGACGAGCUACCUCAUGUUCUGCGAGGAUAUCCGCGAUCAGGUCCGCGAGCAGAACCCCAGCUUCGGCCCGCAUGAUGUCGCCAAGACCAUCGGCCAGCUGUGGAAAACCAUGGCUGACGAAGAAAGGAUGCCAUACACAACCCGGUACGAGGCCGCCAAAGCGAAAUACGACGCCGCCAUUGAGGAGUACCACCAAAACCAAGCCCCCAAGAGCCUCCAGCCCAUCGAGCCUGUCAAGCCCGGCCCGCCUGAGGCCAAGGCUAAGCGCCGCUACAACCGCAAUCCAAACAUUCCUCCUCGACCGCUGACGAGCUUCAUCAUCUUCAGCAACGAAGUGCGCGAACGCCUGCGACACGAGCGCCCCAAUCUCAAGCCUCACGAGAUUGUCAAGACCAUUGGAGUGCUCUGGCGAGGUCUCAGCGAUCAGGAGCGGCAGCCGUAUCUGGACCAAUACGAGCUCAAGAUGCGGACAUACAAGGCCGCCAAGGAUGCCUACCAAGGCUUGCAUGACGUCGGCGCCAGUGGGAGUGGGAGCGCCCCGGUGGCGACAAGUUUGGCUGCAUCACUCAGCGGCAGCAUGGUCAGCGAUCAGACCCACAGCCAUGGCCAUCUCCCCAUGACCGGCACCGAAACUGCAGUCGCCAGUAUCUAUCCAGUCGGCUUCCCGAUGUUCCAAUUCUCAAACAUGAUUGCCUCCAGUGAAAUACCUCUUGCUGGGCCCAGCAACAACAAUAACGGAGGCGACGCCAUCAAGAGCGUGGGGAAUAAUGCCAACGCAAACCAAGGGGGCAAUUCACCCGCCACGCUUCAAGGCACCGUCGCUGCAUCUAUCCCCAGCCCAACUCCAGUGCCUGCUCCAUUGGCGCCUGUGCGCAAUGGCAAGACCAGAGUCCGUCCUGCAGCCCGACAAACUCAGUCGGCGACCAAGGCAUCAACGCCCGCCAAAGCCAAGAUAUCCCCCAAGACGGAUACCAGUGCCCAGAGUGACACAGCGACAUCAAAGAUCGAGAAGCGCAAGCGAAAGACAUCAAAUGCGCCUGCGACACAGCCAAAGCAGGCCAGGACCCGCAAGGCUCAGUCCGAAAACCAGAGCGAGUCAGCGGCUGAGCCGCCCACGAAACGAGGUCGACGAGGAUAA